AUGCAACGGCCGCCGCAGAGCUCAAAGCCGCCCGAUCGGCCCUCAAGCAGAGAGCGCACAUACUGGUCUCCACACGGCAAUCACGACCGCGUGGUCGACGAUGGCGACGACAAAGCUCAUGCAGCCCAUGAUGAUGAUGAUCAUGAUGACAGCUCGCAUGCAAGCUCAGCUCCUGCCCCGCCGGCGUCAGCGACUGCCAACCAGACCCCGGCCUUCUUCUCGAUGCGCAUUGUGGAUGCCGAUUCAUACAUGACUGCCCCGGUGCCGUCGCUCGAUGUGAUGCGCACAGACCACGACGGAUCAUCGUGCCACCGCGUUCCCGUCAUUCGGCUCUACGGAUCAACGCCAGCCGGCCAGCGUACCUGCCUGCACAUACAUCGCGUAUUUCCUUACAUUUACAUUCCCUACUACGGACCAACUUCAUCCGACCGCGAUGUACGACAGUACUGCUGCCAGAUGGCCGUUAGUAUCGACGUCGCUGUGGACGCAUUCAAUAACACGGGAUUCUCUGCUGGCGGAGAUUCCACCGCCGCAAGCGUUGCCGCAUCAAGGCAGAAUCCGGGGCUGUCGGGACCUGGGCGACCUGCCGCACAGCAAGCUGGCGGGUUUGCCAACAUGCGUCGCAAAGGCCAACAUGUCUUCAAGAUUGUCCUGGCUCAGGGCGCGCCAUUUUACGGAUAUGCGCCGAGGGAUCGCCUCUUCCUCAAAAUCUUCCUGUUCAAUCCUGCCACGGUUGGCAAGGUGGUGCACUUGCUCCAGAGUGGCUUUGUGAUGGGCCGUGAGUUUCAGCCGUACGAGGCUCACAUCCCGUUCCUGCUCCAGUUUCUCAUCGACUUUAACUUGUACGGGAUGAAUUUCGUGCAACUGUCGCUCGCUCGCUUCCGGCAGCCGCUCGCUCCAGAGUGCGGCGUCAAUCCAGGGCGAAUCCACGACUAUUGGCGACCCGUGUCUGUUGUCGCAGCUGGUGUCACGUCCGCAUUUUCCGCCGAGCCGAUUCCGAGUCAGCACUCUUUGUCUCACCCACACACGCCAGUGCAGACUUCCAGCACCCCUCCGCCCGCUUUGCUCAAGCUCUGGAACAGCCCAGCCGCUCGACGAGUGUAUGGUCCGAGCGGCGGUGGGUCUCAGGAUGCUGCUCCUCACGCAACGCACCAGUUUUCUCCGUCCAAGGCAGGCGCAACAACAGCAAGUGACGCUGCGUCGUCGUCGUUGUUGGCGGCAUCAAGCCUGCCAUCGCCCACCGUCUGGACAGCCGACACAAUCCCCACAGAACUGCUGUCCACGCGAAUGAUUGCAAGACAAAGCACCUGUGAAAUUGAGAUUGAUGCGCUCUGCUCAGAGAUUCUCAACCGCCACGACAUUAAAAUCGCGCGGUUGACUGCCGCUUCGCAGCCAGGCACUGCAUUCGGGCGCGGGAGCGUGCAAGAGCAAAAUCUGGUCCAAUCCCUUGCUUCCCUCUGGGACGACGAGCGAGCCCGGCGGCGCAGCGACCGCAUGUCGUCCCAAAUCACCCCGCCAGGAACCCAAGAACGGGAGCUGCCGGCCCCAGCCCCGUUUGAUGUCCAACUUCGCCAACGCAUGCAUGAUCUCGUCACGCUCCAGCCUGACGACGCGCGAGACAUGGAUGAUGUGCGCGUUGGUCGCGCUCCAACGCUCCCUUCAACUGUAGUAGACACGACCAUGUUCCCUUCACAGCAGCAUCGAGCCAUGCCUGUGGUUUUGGCAAGGUUAAGCCAUGGGCAAGCCGCGCCAGGAGGGCCAGCCAAGGUGCUGUUCCACGCUUUUGAGCCAGAGACCUUUCACUCGGAUUGGCGCGAGGGCGCCUUGUCGCCUCUGGGUCUCGUGCAUGACUUUCCUCGCGAAGCAGCGUCGCCCAUCCCUGGAAUGGCAAUGGGAAAUGGUCCUCGCGAGUCGGCCUUUUCGCGCGUUGUCGCUGGAGCGCCAGCUCCGCCUUUCGCAGCAUCGUCGUAUUCCGAAGAGUCGCAGCCUCGAGACCGAUUCGAGACCUCCAUGAUGGAAGCCGCCAUGAAUGAGGCCUACGAGCUUUUGCAGCAAGAUUUGGGGCAAGACGGACGAUCGGCUUCCGACUCGCAGGCAGCCAUGUCCACCACCUCGUUGCACACUCCAGCGCGACCGCAGCAGCCCAACCCGCGCGUUGCCGCCACUCCCUCAAGUCAAUUCCAGUUGCACGGCCCAGAACCGCGGAUGAAACACAUCCAGCCAAUGCCUUCAGUGGGCAUGCAUCGAGCCUUGUUUCCAGAGCCGAUGCAAGAGUCGUCCAAUGUCCACGAAGACGACAGCGAGCCUCCACUUCCCACCAAUGUGCAACCAAUUGUUGACACGGCUCGCCUUGAGGAGCCAGCGGAAGUGAAUGAGAUGCUGUCUGUGCUGGAAUGGCUCGAAGACCGGGCUCAGGGUCUCACGGAGCAGCAGCGCGAAGAGCACGCGCAUCUGGCUGCUGAUGAGCCCGCAGAGGACGAACUUGAUGGAAAUGCGGUACAUGGACGCGACAACCCGAACGCGGCUGGUGACCAUCAUCACCACCACAGUCAAUUUCCCACCAGCCUUUCAGAUUCAGCUGCCGACGAGAAUCUAGUCGCACAAAUGUCCCAGGCUCCCAAACACCUCAAACAACCAGAAUUUGCGCCUUCCGGUGCUCAGCCGCAAACGUCCUCGUCGAGAUCAGCCGCCAUCAAAUCCCUGCCUGCAACAGAUACCGACGAAAUGCAACAAGUCAUCUGGACCGGGCACACAGGUCAUAGCUCGUCUGGAGGGGUGUCGGCCAGCGACUCGUCCUCGUCCAAAGCAGCGCGCUCUACCAACCAUGCGGUUUCCAUGGACUCGGCUGUUUCAUCCGGACCGACCUGCUCCUCGGUCACCUCAGUGCCCCCAACGUGGGCUACAUGCCAGUCAACCUUGUGGAAACCGUUGCAAUCUUUGCACAGUGACUGUUGCCGUGAUGAUGAUGAUGAUGACGACGCUGGCUGGUCGCCUACCCUGCACGGCUGGCAAGGCUUUGCCCACGGGCCUGACGAACUUGCACGUUCGAUUCUGUCCUUCUGGUCACCCGAGCCCUCCCGAUCAGGCUCGCCUCUCCAACAGGCGUUCACCGAGCGACGCAACGCAAUCGACACGUUUGACCCAUUCAACCCCGAGCAUGUCGCCAGCGUCUGUUUCUUGUUUCAGCCUCCGCGGUGCGAUUCGCCCACCCAUGCUCCAGCUUCCUCUCAAGAAAGCAUGCAUCCAAGCUCUGCAACACCUGCUCGUCAUGUUGCCAUGCACGUGUCACCUUCAGCUCGCGAUCCGUCUCCCGUCGCCCAGGACACGGAGGACGAUGUCAUCAUGGUGAUGGAUGUUGAAGCGAACGAGCGCCGUCAGAGCAGUGCUACUACUGCAAUGGACUGCGGAGGGACGGCGACCAUCCAAGAUGUGUACACCUUUGCGGCCAAGCCGCCGUCUCGCAAGCUUGUGCAGGACUCGCUGCAGCCAAAGUACCACUUGCCGAGUGUGGCGUACACGGAACCCUUUUUCGGCAACCCGAAAGACGUGCCGCCAGCACCAACCGUCUUUGCUGGUCGAGAGUUUCCAAUCAAGUCCAAUGUUGUGGCAUGUCUCCCAGAGUUUCAUCAGCGACACAAGACGGGGCGGCAGUGGAGCUUGUACAAUGCAGAAUCCAGCGCGUUUGCUCGUCGCGUCUCGACGCUCUCACAUCACGAUGAUCACGCUUUGGAGCAGCAGCCCAUGCCAGGCCGUUCGCAAGAUCUGCCGAGCAGCAGUGGCGGCGACCUUGUGAUUUUGAGCAUGUCUCAACACUCCUUGCCGGAAGAGCGUGCAGCCAUUCCAUCGCGCAUGCCACCUCCGCCCCGCGGCCUGGAGUUCUGGAAGGCCAAGUACGGUGCUCUGGGCCAGCUGCUGGGCGACACGUCCGUCCUCGACCAGCUCGUUGCAUCGCCAGACGAGCGCGCGUUUGUGCCUGGACUCUUGCCACCUUCGUGUCUCGACGUCAAGCACUGGUUGGGGUUGCACACGGACAAGAAGCCUGCUCGGUCCGUCGCACGGCCGCCUCCAAAGUCGCUCGAUACCUCUGUGAUCCAUGCCAGUCUCUCGCAGAUCGAAGGCCCGACACCGCGGAACGAGCACCAGUUCAAGGCCAGCCCACUGGCGAUCGCAGAGGAGGCUCAGGCACUGCACGGCGUGCAGCAUGUCACCAUCUUGAGCUUGGAGGUUCAUGUCAAUACGCGGGGUGACUUUCGUCCAGAUCCCGAGCACGACCGCGUUGCUGCCAUUGUUUAUCUCCUUCGGCAUGAUGCCGUCCAUCACGUAGGUGGCCGCGACAUUCAAGGUGUCAUUAUGGUUGCGCCGUCCCUUCCGACAGCUACAACAACAACAACAACCAUGUAUGACCGGGCAUCGACGGCUGGAUCACCGCUGCAAUUCUCUGGUCUCACUGGCUGUCGCGUCACAAGUGUUGCUGACGAAACGGCGCUGUUCAUGUCGUUCAUCGACCUCGUGGCCCACUUUGAUCCCGACUUUCUUGUUGGGUAUGAGCUGCAGAUGCUCUCGCUUGGCUACCUGGUUGAUCGAGCCCGCCGCUUGCAGCUGGAUUUGUGCGCGCGAUUAGCGCGAUGCCCCACGGUACCUGUGACGGAGAGCGAGUCGGGUUCCACGAGUGCUGCUGCUGCUGCGGCUCCACCCAAUGUCUGGAAACGCUCAAACGUCACUGACAAGCAACAGCAGCAGCAGCAUCAACAGCCUCAGCAGCAACAACCUCAGCAGCAACACCCUCCUCCAGACCAGUCGACAAGAGGAGACGCGGCAGACGCUGCUGAAGCGUACAACUACUCACAUUCCUCGGGACUGCAGAUCGGCGGACGUGUGGUGCUCAAUGUGUGGCGGCUCAUGCGGUCGGAGAUUGCGCUCAACAUUUACUCGUUUGAGAACGUCGUCUACCACAUUCUGCACCAGCGCAUUCCCAAGUACACGUUUCGGACAUUGUCCGAUUGGUGGCUCGGUCAGUCGCUUGUGCGCAAGGGUGUCGCCUCCGACCUGGCCUUUCAGCGCUCGCCGUUCGCCGGCACCUCGUCCAAUUUGAGUCGAUGGCGCACGGUGCAGUAUCUGCUGACCAAGGCGCGCCUGUGCAUCGACCUGCUUGAUGAAACGGACUUUAUUGGUCGCACAAGCGAACUUGGUCGCAUCUUUGGAAUCCUGUUCGAGUCUGUGAUUACACGCGGGUCACAAUUUCGAGUGGAGUCCAUGAUGCUGCGGCUCGCCAAGCCGAUGAACUUUAUUCCCAUUUCGCCGAGCAAGCAACAGGUCGCCCAAAUGCGCGCGCCAGAGUGUGUUCCGCUCAUUCUGGAGCCCGAGUCUCGCUUUUACACCUCACCAGUCUUGGUUUUGGACUUUCAAUCCCUGUAUCCGUCCGUGAUGAUUGCGUACAACAUUUGCUACAGCACCUGUCUGGGGCGAAUGUCGCGCGGGCUCGAACGUGCCUUUGGCAUUUCGACGUUGCAAGUCCCCAAGUCGCUCUCGGCAUCCAUUGCCGAUUCCGCCACCUUGACCCCGAAUUCCGUCAUUUUUGUGAAAAAGACUGUGCGAGUUGGAGUGCUUCCCCGCUUGCUCGAUGAGAUUCUGAGAGCGCGCGUGAUGGUCAAGGACGCCAUGAAACGGCUCGACAAGAAGAUUCGCCAGUUGCAAGAGCAAGAUGCAGCGUCAAUGCCGGGCGCAGCACCAAAGACAGAAGCAAGCAAUGCUGCUGGGCAUGCAAAGACAGGUCAGCAGCAGUCCAGGGAAGAAGGCGGUUUAUCGUCCGGUUCCGACACUUCUUCCGACGAUGACAGCGAUUCGGAAGACACGGGGUCUCAUCGAAGUGAGUUUGACACUGACGGGUUGAUUUCCGCCUCCGACUUUGGCAACGGACCACGUCUCCGACAGCUGGCUCGAGUCUGGCGAUCCAAGGGAGUCAAAGCAUCAGGUCGGUCUGCUGUCAAUGCCGAUGCUGCUGCUGCUGCUGCUGCCACCACCCAUCGCUCGCAGAAGAAACCAGAGGACGCGGGAAAUACAUCAUCCCACACAAAUCCACCGUCCCACCCGUCCGCGACAACCGGGAGCCAUUCCACUCGGAACAGCGUGUCGGCGGAACUGAACGAGCUCCGGGCAUUGCGGCGCAUCUUGAAUGCACGCCAGCUUGGUCUGAAAAUGAUUGCGAAUGUGACGUAUGGCUACACGUCUGCCAACUUUUCCGGUCGAAUGCCAUGUGUGGAGAUUGCGGACAGCAUUGUGGCCAUGGCCCGCCAAACGCUCGAGCGGGGAAUUGAUCUCGUCAACAAGACUUCAAAGUGGGGCGCUCGAGUUGUGUACGGCGACACGGAUAGCAUGUUUGUGCUUCUUCCUGGUGCCACGCGCGAGCGAGCCUUCCAGGUUGGUCGAGAAAUUGCAGAAAGUGUGACGGCCAUGAACCCAAGUCCAGUUCGUCUGAAAUUUGAAAAGGUCUACCAUCCGUGCGUUCUACAAGCCAAGAAGCGCUAUGUCGGUGCUUCGUAUGAGUUUGACGAGCAGCGCGAGUUUGUUUUUGAUGCCAAGGGCAUCGAAACCGUACGACGAGAUGGAUGCAAGGCCGUUUCCAAGACGCUCGAAAAGUCGCUCAAAAUUCUGUUUCGGUCGGCAAAUCUGUCGCGUGUCAAGGCGUACGUGCAACGCCAGUUUCGAAAGUUACUCGAAGAGCGUGUGGCCUUGUCAGACAUUGUGUUUGCCAAAGAGUUGCGCGACAUUGGUGGCUACAAGGACCCGCUGAUGCAGCCUGUCGCGCUGCUCUCCAUCCGAGCUCGCGAGCGCGAUCCGCGUGCAUUGCCCCGGCACGGUGAGCGCGUACCCUAUGUCGUGGUGCACGGGCCUCCUGGAUCGCGCCUCAUUGACGGUGUGCGGGCGCCCGAGGAGUUUCUGAACGAUCCGACACUGCGCAUUCAUGGGACGUACUACAUUACUCGCCAGAUCAUUCCGGCUCUGGAGCGCGUCUUCCAGUUGGUCGGAGUCGAUGUCCGCUCGUGGUUUGACGAGCUGCCCAAGACGGUGCGACUCACCGCGCAGUCGCGUCGCCAUCUCCAGAUGCGGCAGCGCAUGGCCGAGAUGCUGCAGCACCGCCAGCGAGAGGCCCGCCAGCUUCAAAUCGAAAUAUCAACCGGCGAAAGCCACGAUGGAGACGCGGAGGCGGCAACCGCAGGUAUCCGCGAGGCUUUCCCGUGGGCCACCAGCACCAGCAGCAGCAGCAACAACAACAACAACAACAACAUGCCAAAUGCCUCAAGCAUAACGCUUGGUGGUGGCGGAUUUGGCAAUCGCCGAGCCGCCAUCGGCCGAGGAGGUCGCGGCAACAAAACAACCAGCGCGGCACUGCGUGAUGUCAACAACAAGACCAUCUCGCAGUUUUACGCCUCAGUGCACUGUCCCGUGUGUGCUGGGAUUAUUUCUGACGGUCAGAUAAUUUGUGUAUCGUGCCGCACAAACUCACAGCAGACGGCGCUCUUGUUGUCUGCGCGCAUGGCUCGCUGGGAUGGGAGCUCGACUCGGUUGGAAGCGCUCUGCGGGUCGUGCGCCAAUGGUCCGGCAGCCGGCGACCUCUGCGUUUCGCUGGACUGUCCGGUCAACUACGAUCGGCAUCGCCUCAACGGAAAACGGGUCUUGCAGUUCGAGUAUCAAGAGAUUUUGUCCCUGCUCGACGCAAGGGCAGCGGGUGGUGGAAAUGGUUCCAGUGCGCCUGCACCGUCGGUGUCAGCUCUAGCUCCUCUGCACCUUCCCUCGGAGCGACAGAGUCGAGCUCGCGAUGAUGAUGAUGUGAGCGUCAGUCAUGUUAUCGAUGACAGCGACGCCGCGCCGAGCGUGAUACCGCAAGAGCAAUUCCAAGCGGUUCGCCAAGCACAACGGCCCAAACUGGUCGACGCCACCGCGCCAGACGAUGAUGGAGACGAUCAUCCAGUUGAUCCAGGUCACCCCGUUUUAUCAGAGGCGCAAGUCGAGUUUGCGCGGCAGACGGUCGAAAGUGCUCCGCCGCAACACCAAAUUUCCGUCCUCGAUAACACGAGUGCAUGCAUGGCCGAUCGCGAGGAUGUCCCUGGCCGUUCCCCCGGAUUUCUUUUAGCGUGGGAGGCUUUGUCGUCCCAACGCUAG